UCUAUCUCUCAUCCGAUACACACUCAACUCAAUCUCUAAACAAACGAUUACACUUCUAAUUCUAUAAAUAACAGUUGUGUUUGAUUCUGAUACGAUCAUGUACGCAGAAGGUGAUUUCAAUGCCAAUUUCGCUCUGCUGUGGUCGAUACGUCGUGACUUGCUUGGAGAGUUUGAAGCUCCGGCAAUUAACUCCUGUAACAACCCCGUAGAGUACUGUUCGGUUAACAACUUGUUCCCUUGUCUGACCCAAAACUUGGGAGAGUUGUCUUUGAAGGAGAACCAUUCGGAGGACAUUGGCAGGCUUCCAACUCCGGCGGUUCCGUCCACCACCGCAGCUGCUACCGAAAUGAGUAAUUUUCCAGAAUCUGUUGCGCCACCUGUGACGGCGGCGGUGGAGUCGAAGGGGACGCAGUACAGGGGAGUGAGGAGGCGGUCGUGGGGCAAGUACACGGCGGAGGUUAGGGAACCAGAGAAGAAUGGGGCUAGGGUGUCGCUGGGGACGUGUGAAACGGUGGAGGACGCCGUCGUGGCCUAUGACAUUGCGGCGUAUCGCAUGCGCGGGUCAUGUACGCUUCUCAAUUUUUCACUCUGGAUUAAUUUGGGUGAGCCGGAGCCGGUGCACCUUACAGCAAAAAGGUCAUCGGCAAAUCGAUAUUUGUCAUCGUCAUCGGAGAAUGGUUGCUCUAGGAAGAGGAGGAAGAAAGUGGUGGCGAAAGCAGAGCCGGCAGUGGUUUAGCUUAGAAUUGAGUAAAAUAUUAUCCAGUCUGUUAAAAUUGUAUAAAUCCACGUUAAUUCG